AUGGACCGUGAAACCAGUACAAGCUACUACAUCCUGGAGCGGGUGCUGCUUGAUGAAAGCGCAGAGCCCACGAGCCUGCCGUUAUCACUUCUGCAACACAUAACGAAUCAUUUCUCUCUUGAUAACGAAAUUGGCAGGGGCGGGUUUGCAGUAGUUUAUAAGGGAAUGGUUGGGAAAGGUAUGGUCGCCGUAAAGAAGCUGUCCAACACAUUUGUUCUUCAUGAGAAUAAAUUUCAUGAAGAGGUCAGAUGCCUGUUAAAUGCCAAGCACAAGAAUAUUGUAAGGUUUCUGGGCUAUUGUGCUGAGACUCAAGGUAAAAUGCAAAAGUUUGAGGGGGAGGAUGUCAUGGCAGAACAACGGAACUGGUUGCUCUGUUUUGAGUAUGUAUGCAAUGGGAGUCUCGAUACGCACAUUACCGAUGCAACCUGUGGACUUAAUUGGAGGGAACGUUAUCGAAUUAUUAAGGGGAUAACUGAGGGUUUGGUUUUUCUUCAUGAGAGGCGAAUUCUUCACUUAGACCUUAAGCCAGCUAAUAUUUUACUUGAUGGUCACAUGGUACCGAAAAUUGCCGACUUUGGUCUCUCCAGACGCCUCGGUGAAGAUCAAACCCGUGUGAUUACUGAAAACAUAAGUGGAACUCUGGGAUAUAUGGCUCCAGAAUACAUGAGAUCAAAACAAAUUGCAUUUACUUCAGACAUAUAUAGUCUUGGGGUCAUAAUCAUGGAGAUAUUGACAGGACCGAAGCUGUAUCUCAACGAAGAUGAUGUAAGAACAGUGUAG